GGUUUUUAAACCCUCCUUCGUCUCGGCUCGGCCGCGAGCGCUUCCAAAUUUCCAAUCCACUCCUCUUCCACCUCCCGGAGCAAGUCUCCUCCUCCUCCUCCUCCCCUCACCCUCACCCCACCCCACCGGCCAAUGGACAACGGCGGCGGCGGCGGCAUGAUGCGGGCGACGGGGCAGGGGGCGGUGCGCCGCACGCCGGAGGACGUCUUCCGGGACUACCGCGCGCGCCGGGCCGGCCUCAUCAAGGCCCUCACCGUAGAUGUGGACAAGUUCUACCUGAUGUGCGACCCAGAGAAGGAGAACCUGUGUCUAUAUGGACUUCCCAAUGAGACAUGGGAAGUGAACUUGCCUGCUGAGGAGGUCCCUCCGGAACUCCCAGAGCCAGCACUAGGAAUCAACUUUGCUCGGGAUGGGAUGAAUGAUAAAGAUUGGCUGUCACUUGUUGCGGCGCAUAGUGAUUCCUGGCUGCUGUCAGUGGCCUUCUAUUUUGGAGCAAGGUUUGGGUUUGACAGGGACUCCAGGAAACGGCUCUUCAGCAUGAUAAAUAACCUUAACACCAUAUUUGAAGUUGUCACAGGAAGUGACAAAAUUCAGCCCAAAGAAAAGACUCCUAAAAACGGCAGUAAGAGUAACAAGUCUGGCUCGAAGCCGGCACGCCAGCCAGAGCCCAACCCAAGGAGCUCGAAGAUACCCCUUCCAGAGGACAAUGAAGAGAGUGAAGGGGAGGAAGAGAAAGAACAGGAAGAUCAUGAGAGCACCAUGUGUGGUGCGUGCGGUGAAAACUAUGGACAGGAGGAGUUCUGGAUCUGCUGUGACUUAUGCGAGAAAUGGUUCCACGGCAAGUGCGUGAAGAUCACUCCAGCCAAAGCGGAGCACAUUAAGCACUACAAGUGCCCGAAUUGCAGCAGUAGCAGCAAGAGAGCCAGAGCUUAAGCAAUCUUGGGAGAUCCCAUGUUCUUGGAGCCUCCAAGAAUAAGGUCUCUUAGACAUGUUGUAAAAACCAGGCUGCCGUGCUCAGUAGUUCUCCAUUUAGUUGUCUCAGGUUAGUACUGGUAUAGAUUUGAAUGCAUUGUAUGCUGCUGGAUUAUUGAUGUCUCUAGAUCUUUAACGUUAGUAGUUCCACUACUAGCUGUACUUGUAGUUGAUGCGCGUCUCAAGUGGGCAGUAGUAUGUACUGGACUGUGUGUGUUUUAGAUUCCAUCUGUGGAAGUUGUAACACUGUAACUGCUUAAAAGGUUAGUCUUGUUAUUUCCUGAGAGUAUUCCUCGUGUUAA